AUGGAAGCUCUCUCGCACGCCAUCGCGCGCCCGUCACGGUCCGGCCUCCCACCAGCCGCUAUUGGCGCCAUAAGCAACCUCGUAAGCUCCGCCUUCGCCGCUCCCUCUUUUUCGCCUCCGCGCCUGCCCCUGCGGGAUCCGCGACAGGUCCUAUCGGGAAGUUUUCCUUCGUUGUCGUUACCCUAUUCGCUAGCAUUCGCCAGGGGGCCGCGUGCCAUACCGGCCGGCGAUCGCGUCGGUGGCGGUAACCCUAAAGGAAGCAGCCGCGGGGGGAACGGUUUAAAGAGACGCUGUGCGCGCAACAGCAGUGGUGCAGUAAGCGAGGGGAAGCAGCAGCGCGCGGGUGUUAGGUUUCCGCUUCCGCGGAGAGGAUUAUGGCGCGCGGAGGCGGCGGGGGGAGCGGGCGGAAGGCGCGCCGUGCUCGCGCGGUCGUACCGGUGGAGCGACGAUGACGUGGUGGCGUUUGGCGGAGGCGUGGAGGGAAAGUUCGAGGAAGCUGUGGCGCUGUUCAACGAAGGGCAAUUCUACAAGUGCCAUGACCUACUAGAGGAGAUGUGGCAUCAGUCAGCGGAGCCGCAGCGAGGCAUGCUGCACGGGCUGCUGCAGUGCGCUGUGGGCAUGGUGCAUCUGCUCAACCAGAACCACAGCGGAGCCAUGAUGGAGUUUGGCGAGGGCGUGAACAAGCUGCGCCGUGCCAUUGCAGCCACGGGGGGCGGGGGCCCCUCGGGCAGCUUUGCAGCGUUUGAGGCAGAGGCGGGCGCCGUGCUGGAGUUCAUCUACAACACCCAGCUUGAAUUCGCCGCCUGUUCCGAGGUGGAGUGUGUGACGAUGGACGGGUCAGAAGAGAGCUACUCUCUGCUGGGCGACUACGGCGCAGGGCAGCAGCUCUACCGCGUGCGCACCGACCCUGCCACCCAGCAGCGCCGCCUCGAGUUCUGCUCGCUGCUGCCCUUCCGCCAGGCCGUGGUGGGGGAUGGUGCAGGCAGUGGGAGUGAGAGUGAGGGGGAGGGCGGGGAGGGCGUGAGGGCGGGGGUGACGAGGGCGUCGGUGCCGCUGCCGCGGCUGACUGCCACAGAGGAAGAGCUCAAGAACCUCGCAUGGUGA